AUGUCAGAACCUUCGUCUCCAAGCAAGAACUCCCUAACCGGUUGGUGGAAACACAUCAAAAAGGGCGAAUCGGAGCUUGGCUCGCCUCCGCCUCUACCAAUGAACGGUCAAAGUCUCAACUCCACGUCCGGGUUUUCUGUGGAGUCUAAGUCUAUUUCGUCUCCCUCCCCGCAAUACCGCGCGAAUUCACCUUCUUUGCUAUCGCCUCUGGCUUCACCGACUAGGCCUUUCCUGGGUUACAAGUCGCGUUCGUCACAUAACGUGAGACCGCUGUCAUCGUUCCAGGACAACGGGUCGCAAGAAAAAUUAAAACAACACCGAGAUUCUUUUAUUCAGCAGCGACAGAUGGAUUAUAUUGGCAAUUCGUCGAUAUUCGGAUGCCCGAUCGAGGAAUCGAUCAGAGUUGCUGAGGCAAAAAUAUACAUUAGCAGUGACCGUGAUGGACUAAUACGUUACGGCAGAAUUCCCAGAGUGGUGGCACUAUGUGGAUCGUACCUGAAGAAGAACGGACUUGAGGUCGAAGGAAUAUUCAGAGUCGCAGGCUCUACCAAGAGAAUCAAAGAACUGCAAUUGAUAUUUUCUUCGCCGCCUAGUUAUGGAUCGAAGAUUGAUUGGGAUGGAUAUACGGUACAUGACGCUGCGUCGCUGUUUAGGAGGUUCCUUGGCUCGCUUCCAGAGCCGCUUAUACCGCUGUCCAUGUACGACAAGUUUAGGGAGCCUCUUCGAUCUCGUCCCAAUAUUGUCCGCUUCCUCAAAGAGAAGGAAAAAAAGAUGGGCGAUCUCGGCGGCCUGUCUUCGUGCAAAGAGGAGCAGAACCAAGAACAGGAGCAGCUCACGGAAGACGAGAUAAAACUUCGCAAAAGGAUCAAAAAGGAAAAGAUAAAGAAAGAACGCAAGGAGGCGUUGAAAGACUACGCGAGAUUAAUAGAACAACUGCCCGAGCUGCAACGACAGCUGCUCUUCUACAUCUUAGACCUCCUUGCUAUUUUCAACGCCCAUUGCCACAAAAACCUCAUGCCUGCCAAGAACCUAGCUGCCAUUUUCCAGCCUUCGGUUUUGUCUCACUCAGACCACGAUAUGUCACCCGAAGAAUACGCUCUCUCGUCUCUGGUUAUUGAAUUCAUGAUUGAAUACUCGUACAAAAUUUUGCCAGCUGCUCAAAAGGUUUCCAGAAAAGAUUCUACACUAAAUGCUCCUGCUUCCCCCACAACAACCGAGCAAACAAACCCCAAGCUUCCCGCCCCAACAGCAUUACUGCCUCCGCCAACCACAAAGUUCACUAGAAAGCAUAGCAAGAGUUUAUCCUCUGUACAAUCUCCGUCUGACAUGCUUCGCGUGAACAACGGUAAGUCCAAGCUGGAACAUACCCAAACGAACACCACAGACGAAGUGGACUCGGCACUGGACUCAGCAGUGGACACGGACGAUGAGACACGCCCGCUUGCUCAAAGGCUUUCUGUUUCGUCGAUUGGAUCUCAAAAGAUGCGUUCAUCCAUCCCAUCAACCUCGAAAACAUCACCGUCAGAAGUCAAAGCAGAGAGUCCGCUGAAGUCUGAGGUUUCAGUUCCUACAACGGAGCUCAAACCUCCAGUGCUCAAAAUUGGCGCGUAUGAAUCCACCUCGCUCUCUUCCUCGACAGGCCAAACGGGGACAACGAUCAAACUGCCAAACCGUCCUGGCUCUCCGAAAAACAUACCAUCGUCAAUCGACGAUAACUUGAGUUCCGUCCAGGACCCAACAGAUGACGAGCGGGAGACCCGGUCGGAGGAGGCUCCAAAUGGCGCUAAUGGGGAAAAGCUUUCUUGGUUUAAAAGAUUACGAUCGAGGUCUACUUCCAAGUCCAGAAGAUAA